AUGCUGAGGGCGGCGCGGCGGGUACUGAGUGCCUUCCGGACCCAGGCCCCAGGCCUCGGGCUGCCAGGGGGAGGGUGCGCCCGGCUUCCUUCCGACCCCCGGGUCCUCCCCUCCCCUCCCCGCGGUCUCCUCCCGGCCGCCCGCGGAUAUGCCAUCCAGAAGCCAGUCCAGCCCAGCCAAGAUGACCCGCCCCCUUCCACGCUCCUCAAAGAUUACCAGGACGUCCCUGGAAUUGACAAGGUUGAUGAUGUCGUGAAAAGACUCUUGUCCUUGGAAAUGGGGAAUCAGAAGGAGAAGCUAAAAGUCAAGAAAGAACAAUUGAUGAACAAGGUUGUGGCAAACCCCGAGGACACCAGCUCCCUGGAGGCUCGAAUUGUUGCCUUGACUGUCAAGAUCCAGAAUUAUGAAGCACACAUGCAGAAACAUCGAAAGGACAAAGCUCACAAGCGCUAUCUGAUGAUGAGCAUUGACCAGAGGCAAAAGAUGCUCAAAAACCUCCGGAAGACCAACUACAAAGUCUUUGAGAAGACAUGCAAGGACCUGGGGAUUGAGUACAUCUUCCCCCCUAUGUACUACCGAAGAGCCCACCGCCGCUGGGUGGCCAAGAAGUCUUUGUGCAUUCGGGUUUACCAGGAGACUCAAAAGCUAAAGAAGCAAAAAAGGGCCUUAAAAGCAGCAGCAGCUGCCCAGAAACAACACCAGAUGAACCAAAUAAGCUCUUCCCAAACUGAACCAGAGGCAAUCAAGGAAAACCAAUAA